CCCUGGAGGAAUCUCAUUUUAAAAACUGCUAGCGAGCAACAAUUUUGCUGCACGAAAACUAUUCUUUCACAACGGCUCUGACAACACCUAACAGAGGGAAACAAGUCUUUUCAGUGUUUAAAGGCGUCAGCGUUUUCAUUUAACAUCUGAGCCACAUGACCACAAGUCUAUCAGUCAUGUGAAUGCUGCCCAUAUGACACGCAGCGUUUCCCCUUCAGCUGAACACAGACGCUCGGUAUAAUCAUUAGAAAACUGCAUUCGCGCACACACAUGCACUUAAAACCUUGCAAGUCCGUUGAAUGCAGUACACGUCGAUGGAAUAAUGCAUCCAGACUGUAUUUUCGACAGCCUAUUUUUUCAUACGAAGUCAAACAAUGGCAAACAAGUACUCUAAAAGACACACGAAACGAAACGCACUGGGAAAUGAAAGUGAGCAAGCAUCCCUUGCACUGACCGUAGAGAAGCAUCAAAGACCAGGCCAAGUGGAGGUGGUCUCUAGGUCAGCAUGGCAGGGCUUCAGGAGGAAAGUGUGUCUGCUGGUGCCAUACAUGUGGCCAAGGGGAAGUGUGGGCUUGCAGGCUCUGGUGGUUCUGUGUGUUGGGCUGCUGGGUCUUGAGCGGGUCAUCAAUGUGUUUGUACCCAUUUACAGCAGGAAUAUAGUGAACCAGCUGUCAGCGAUGGAGAGCUGGAGAACCCUGGCCAUCACGGUCUGUGUUUACGUCCUCCUUAAGUUCUUGCAGGGCGGAGGGGUAGGGACAUCAGGGUUUGUCAGUAACUUGCGCAGCUUCCUGUGGACUUAUGUCCAGCAGUACACCAGCCGUGUGGUGCAGGUUCGUCUUUUCACGCACCUGCAUGACCUCUCUCUACGCUGGCACCUGGGCCGCCGCACCGGAGAUGUCCUGCGCAGCAUUGACCGUGGAACCUCCUCGGUCAACAACUUGUUAAGCUAUGUUGUGUUCAGCAUUGUACCCACUAUUGCUGACAUCAUCAUUGCCAUCAUCUAUUUCGUGACGUACUUCAGUGCCUGGUUCGGCCUCAUUGUAUUAAUUUGCAUGUUUCUCUACCUCACUAUCACAAUCAUUAUCACUGAAUGGAGGACCAAGUACAGGCGGGAAAUGAACACACAGGACAACAUUGCCAAGUCAAAAGCAGUAGACUCCCUUCUCAACUUUGAAACUGUAAAGUACUAUAAUUCAGAGGCUUUUGAAGUCAGGCGCUUUGAGGAUGCUAUCCUGAAAUAUCAGGCAUGUGAAUGGAAGACCAAUGCUUCCUUGGCUCUCCUGAACCAAACUCAGAACCUGAUUAUUGGAUUGGGCCUGUUGGCCGGAUCCCUGUUUUGUGCAUACUAUGUUACAGUGGACAAGUUUCAAGUUGGUGACUAUGUUCUUUUUGGAACCUACAUUAUUCAGCUCUACACUCCACUCAACUGGUUUGGUACAUAUUAUAGAAUGAUCCAAAGUGCAUUUGUUGACAUGGAGAGCAUGUUUGAUCUGCUAACAGAGGAAAAAGAGGUAAAGGAUGAUGUGAAUGCAGGAGACCUGUUGUUCACAGAAGGAAGGGUUGAUUUCCAGAACGUGUGCUUUAGUUACAUUGCUGGGAAAGAAAUUCUCAGUGAAGUCUCAUUCACAGUGAUGCCUGGUCAGACAGUUGCACUGGUUGGUCCAUCCGGAUCAGGAAAAAGCACCAUCAUCCGUUUGCUUUUCCGUUUUUAUGACGUGCAGGGUGGCUGCAUCCUCAUUGAUGGUCAGGACAUCUCUAAGGUAAAACAGAACUCUCUCCGAUCCUACAUUGGUGUAGUUCCUCAGGACACUGUUCUUUUCAAUGAUAACAUCCGUGAAAACAUUCGCUAUGGACGCAUCUCUGCAAGUGACCAAGAAGUAGAAGAGGCUGCAGUGGCUGCUGAUAUCCACCAUAAGAUACUAUCCUUUCCAGACGGAUAUGGUACUGAGGUGGGUGAAAGGGGUCUGAAGUUGAGCGGAGGGGAGAAACAGAGAGUGGCCAUCGCUCGCACAAUCCUAAAAUCCCCUCGCAUUAUUUUGCUUGAUGAAGCUACAUCUGCUUUGGACAGUCAAACAGAGCGUAACAUUCAGGCUUCUCUCGCUAAGGUGUGUGCCAACCACACCACUCUGGUUGUGGCACACAGGUUAUCCACCAUCAUCAAGGCCGAUCAGAUUCUGGUUCUUCAUGAUGGGCGGAUUGCAGAACAAGGAAGGCAUGAGGAGCUGCUGGCCAUGGGGGGACUGUACGCAGCCAUGUGGUUAAAACAGCAGCAGACCCCAGAGUCAGAGGUCUCUACAGAUGAACAGCCGCAGAAGCCACAGCUGAUGGAGCAGCGAUGAUGAUGAUGAAUGGUGAUGGGUGAAAUCAAUCAGGAAAAUGGUAAAAGAGUUCAUCUCAGACACAGGGGCACCAGACUGCACAAAAGUAAUAAACUACGAAGAGUGUUUCUCAGGGAAGGGUGUCAGGGUUAGCUCACCCUAAAAUGAAAAUUGUCCUCAUUUACUCAUUACCCUCAUUUUGUUCCAAAUUUUGUGACUUUUUUUCUUAUGUGCUUUGAUUUUGAGUGUUGGCAACCAGUGGUUCCCAUUGACUUUUAUUGCGUGUACAUGAACACUGUUACAUUGUUUUCUUUUUAUUACAUGUAACACUUUUGUUUACAUUUCUGUCCAUCACUGUAAACUGAGGAGAUAUGUGGAGGAACCUCAGUACCUCAAUACAGAUGGGAAUUGUAGAUAACAUG